UCGAACACUCUAGAACCACCUGAUCAACACAACUCCCCUACCUUCCCCUGCUUUUUUUGUUUACUUUCCACGCCAUAAAAUCCCCAGCAUCUUAUUUCUUCCUGCCUCCCCAGCUUGCAUUCUCUCACUCUCUAGAAUUCUCUAGCACCCUAACUUAAGCGCCUCUCUCUCUCUCUCUCUCUCUCUCUCUCUCUCUCUCUCUCGCAUUCGAUUAUUUCUUGUUCCUUCUUCGACAGAGUAGAGCGAUGGAUGAGGAUUUCGACAUGCCCCCAGCCGACGAUAUGAUCAACGAUGAUCUCGAUCUCCCCGAAGACAGCCCCGUUCUCAAGGUCGGUGAGGAGAAGGAGAUCGGCACGCAGGGCUUGAAGAAGAAGCUUCUCAAGGAAGGUCAGGCCUGGGAAACUCCCGAUAGCGGCGACGAGGUCGAAGUGCAUUAUACUGGAACUCUGCUUGAUGGCACUAAGUUCGAUUCGAGCCGCGAUAGGGGGACGCCGUUCAAGUUUACUCUCGGACGCGGAGAAGUCAUUAAAGGAUGGGACCAAGGUAUCAAAACCAUGAAGAAAGGUGAAAAUGCCAUUUUCACAAUUCCUCCCGAGCUAGCUUAUGGCAAGGAUGGUUCUCCUCCCACCAUUCCUCCUAAUGCAACCUUGCAAUUCGAUGUUGAAUUGUUGUCUUGGACUAGUGUCAAGGACAUAUGUAAGGACGGUGGGAUAUUUAAGAAAAUUCUCAAGGAAGGAGAGAAAUGGGAGAAUCCAAAGGACCUUGAUGAAGUGCAUGUUAAGUAUGAAGCUCUUCUUGAGGAUGGACCACUCAUUGCAAAGUCAGAUGGACUCGAAUUCACUGUCCAAGAGGGUCAUUUCUGCCCUGCAUUGUCUAAGGCUGUUAAAACAAUGAAAAAGGGGGAAAAGGUGCUUCUCACAGUGAAGCCACAAUAUGCAUUUGGUGAAAAGGGCAAACCAGCUUCUGGUGGUGAAGGUGCAGUACCACCAAAUGCAACACUGCAGAUAACUCUAGAGUUGGUAUCAUGGAAGACUGUAUCAGAAAUUACGGAGGACAAGAAAGUUAUUAAGAAAAUUUUGAAGGAAGGAGAGGGAUAUGAGCGUCCAAAUGAUGGAGCUGUUGUUAAAGUGAAAUUGAUUGGUAAAUUGCAAGAUGGUACAGUGUUUUUGAAGAAAGGCCAUGAAGAUGGAGAAGAGCUGUUUGAGUUCAAGACAGAUGAUGAGCAAGUUAUUGAAGGGCUUGAUAGAGCUGUGAUGACAAUGAAGAAGGGUGAAAUAGCCUUGUUGACUGUUGCACCAGAAUAUGCGUAUGGAUCCUCUCAGUCUCAGCAGGAAUUGGCCGUGGUUCCUCCUAACUCUAUUGUUUACUAUGAGGUUGAGCUGGUAUCUGUCGACAAGGAGAAGGAAUCAUGGGAUAUGAACACACAAGAAAAAAUUGAAGCCGCUGGUAAGAAGAAGGAAGAAGGAAAUGUACUGUUCAAGGCUGGUAAAUUUGCAAAGGCUUCCAAGAGAUAUGAGAAGGCUGUCAAGUAUAUCGAGUAUGAUACUUCCUUUAGUGAGGAGGAGAAAAAACAGGCCAAGGCAGUGAAGGUUGCCUGCAAUCUGAACAAUGCGGCAUGCAAGUUGAAGAUAAAAGAAUACAAGGAAGCUGAAAAAUUAUGCACCAAGGUGUUAGAACUUGAGAGCAGAAAUGUUAAGGCUCUUUACAGAAGGGCUCAGGCAUAUAUUCAACUGGCUGACCUGGAUUUGGCCGAGUUGGAUAUCAAGAAAGCUCUUGAAAUUGACCCUGAUAAUAGGGAUGUGAAGCUAGAGUACAAGACCUUGAAGGAGAAGAUGAAAGAAUAUAAUAAAAGAGAGGCAAAGUUUUAUGGCAACAUGUUCGCAAAGCUGAAUAAGUUGGGAUCUCAUGAAACAAAAGUAAAAAGCAGAAGCCAAGGAAGCUGAACCUAUGAAUAUAGACAGCAAGGCAUGAGCGGGCUGAACGUGCACCUCUAACUUCCAUAUGUGACGAGAAAGAGUAAAUUAUGACCAUGAACCUUUCCAGGGUCCUGCUGCCCUUUGUUUUCUUUAAUAUGGGGACUUUUUGCUAUUGGCAUUGAGAGUUUUAAAUGGAUUUUCUUUGCUGUUGAUUAUUGACAUAAAAAUCUUAUUUCAGAACUAGCUAUCAAUAGAAGAAAUUUGAAAUGAA